AUGGCAAAGUUUCUCGUUUUAAUCGCUACCGUUGUAGUCGCCACAGCAGCCCACAGACACUUUCGAUAUGGUAGACCUUACGGGAAUGGACAAGCGUUUCAAGACCCUUUUGGCGACUGGGACAAUGAAAUGAACAAAAUUGGCAACCAGCGAUCAGGGCAAGCGUUUUUUCCCCCAUACGGCUACGGCUACGGCUUUCCAGUCCCAAGACAACCUGUCUUCUUCUUCGGAAACCGAUUGAAUCGCGGUCGCAAUCCCUAUCUUCCCGUACUGCCACCAUUCUUUGCUAACGUGACCGAAGAAGAGCUGGAAAAAGCUAUUGUCAUUUUAAGCGACCGUGACCUUACAAAACAGCAACAAUAUGUCCAACUGGGAGAAUGGGUUACAGCUCAGGGAACUGAAUUUGCAGUAGAAUUUGAUAAAUGGAAAAGUGACCUUGACAAAUUUGCGGCAGAAGUUAAACAGACAGCAAAUGAAAUUAUUGCAAAUGUUACUACAGCAAUGGAACAAAUAAUUAGGAUAAAAAAUAACAUGCAGAUUACAAUAAAAGAGGAAAGGAGCAAAGUCAAAUUACUACUUUCCACAUAUCCAAAGUACGUAGCCAAAAUUAUAAAAGACGUGAAAGAAGCAGCUAUUAAAAGUGCUAUGAUUUCUUAUCCACCGUCGACAGUGCUACAGGCUAAAUUCUUUCCAGUGCUGGCAUUUUAUUAA